AUGCAGUAUCUUCCUCCUUCGUACUCCGCUUUCCAACUUCUUUUCCAAUCCGACAAGGACCUUCAGUUCGUUCUUGUUUUCCUUCCGAGUUGUUCAAGGACAGUUCGUGAGGUCUUCAAGAAAGAACACUUGACAUCCACCAAGCUGGAUUUUGAAGCAAGAGAAGCUCUCAGGUCCCCAUCCCUUUCAGUGUCUGCAGUCUUCCCGUCCACGUAUAGGAACGAUACUGUAACCAAGUCUACAGAGAUCAAGGUAGAAGAGCAAGUCAAGCUUUCUAACUUGCACGGCGGACGGGAAGGUCACGAAACUCGAUACACCUCAUCCCAGGCCCCUCCGUCCCGCCGCUUUGAAGAGGAAAUCAAAGUAACAGAAAAAGACCGCUACCGCCCUCUGGCGAGUAGAGAGGAGAACGUUUACGCCUACGAAGAAGAGCGUGCGUCCCAACCCGCCAGACAGACCAAAGUCAACAUCGGACAAGACCACUUUCCACCCCAGUAUGAUCAGCAUCGCUCCACCGCCUUUUGCGUUUCUGAGCAUCUCGCUUCGGCACGCGCGGGCGGAGCGGGCGGUUCAGGCACUAAAGCAACCAGUCCCACUGAUAAGCCCAGCUACCGAGAACCCUACCAACGUUACGUCGACGCACAGAUUGACGUUAAGGACAAGUCCUACGACCAUCAUUACCGUACCACUCACGGUCCCGCUACCCAUCUUGAACCAGAGAUCGAAGUUACCAAGCGUGACUAUCAUCGCCGCACCAGCCCAAUAGCUCAGGACUCUUACGUUCAGGACGCUUCCGGGUCUUACGUUCAAGGCUACCCCAACACUACAUCUGUUCGUGACUACUAUCACGCCUCCCCUACCCACGAAGAAGUACGAGUCAAGACCGAGACCCGUACUACUGUCGACCCUCCCAAGAAACGCAAGUUUGACAUGGGAUACUACGACGACGAAGGCCAAUAUCACUCUUUCCGUGACGGACUUCACCGCGCUGCUGACCACGUCCUCCACCCUAUCCACGGACCUCGUCACCACCACCAGCAUCACCAGCACCGUCCACACUCUGAGCCCGUUGGGGAAGUUAUUGAAGAGCGUGAGACUGUGACUGCCAUGCCUUCUCCUCGUCGUUCCGCUGGACGCUCCGGUCCUAGCAGUGCUGUCUCAAUACCCUGCCACCAUAUCCGCAUUGGUGAUCUGCUGUAUCUCCAAGGUCGCCCCUGUCAGGUCAUUCGCAUCACCACCUCUUCUCAGACUGGUCAGCACCGUUACCUUGGUGUUGACCUCUUCACCAAGCAGCUGCAAGAGGAGUCAUCUUUCAUCUCCAACCCUUCACCAUCCGUGGUCGUCCAGCAGAUGUAUGGACCUGUGUUCAAGCAGUACCGUGUGCUUGACAUCCGCGAUGAUGGCCAUGUGGUUGCCAUGACCGAGACUGGCGACGUCAAGCAAGGCCUUCCCGUCAUCGACCAGAGCAGUCUGUUGCAGCGUCUCACCGAUGCCUUUGACCAAGGUCGUGGCAGCAUCAGGGUUCUGGUCCUUAGCGAUGAAGGUCGCGAGCUUGCCGUUGAUUACAGAGUUGUCAACGGAAGCAGACUCUAG